AUGAAAUUAUUAUUUUAUAUAAAACGAGAUGAAGUUCGACCAGAUAAAGGAAUAAGAUCUACCAAUGUGUAUCCACUUCUACGAUGGCUAAAGUCUCUACAAACACCCGAAUCAAUUGCUCAACAUGUAAAUGUCUUUCAACAAGAUCUUUCUCAAUUGGUCGAGAAAUUAAAAGAAUUUACCUUUAUCGAUAUUUAUGGGGAAAUUCAUUAUGAAAAAGUUGAACCUUAUCGAUUAAUGGCCCAAACUCGCUUUCCUAAUGGUCGAAUAAAUGUUGAAGUAUCAAGAUUUCGUCUUUGGCUUUAG